CUUUGGGUCCCAGUCAGUUUCCAGAGGCUCAUUCACCGCUUGCGCACCGGGAUACCGGAAGUGCCUCUCCUAUAGCUUACCUGAACGAUUUAAUAGCUCUACCAAGAACACCAAACAGCACCUUAUGAGUCUGGAGCAGGUAUUUCGGCGACUUGACCAGUUCAAAUUUCGCGCUCGCCGGCAAAAAUGCCACUUCGCCUGCCAACAGGUUAAAUACCUGGGGCACAUCAUUACGCCCCAUGGACUCCAGAAAAAACGGCCGCCAUCAGUCAAAUGGUUACGCCUCGGAACGUAAAGCAACUCAUGACGUAUAUUCAAACACGUCGAUUCGUGCAGAGAUUCGUUGGACUGGCCCGUGGUGGGUGACACUGUAUCAAGGCCAUCUGGCCCACCACCAAAAAACAUUUAGAUUCGAUUAGCAGCGUUCAUUAAGUCAAUUAUCUCUUCGUCUUACUCAAUAAGAACUAUCAUGGACGGGUCAAAGGAUAAAAUUGAUUAAAUUUUGGUUAGCAAUAAACAAACGUGCCAAGAGAAAUGCGGUCCACUCAUUUCCUAUUGAUUUAUUCCUUUUUCAUAGGAAUAAGGGCGAAAGAAUACUUCUUGAGGGUUACCAUACCUCACGGUGCACUUGACGGAUCGCUUAAGAAGACAUGGACAGGCAAAGAUUUCGUUUCAUUUACUGGAAUACCAUACGCGCAACCACCGAUUGGUAGUUUAAGAUUUAAGAUUAAGCCUCCAUUACCAGCGGAAUCAUGGGAAAACGUGCUGGACGCGACGACGUACAAGUCCAUGUGUGCACAGGACAAUGUGUUAAUGAAUGUUUUGGAGGUGUCCGGCAGUGAAGAUUGCCUUUAUAUUAACGUCUACACGCCACAAAUACGUCAAGAUAGCAGUGAUCUCCUACCAUGUCAUGUUUUUCACACAUGGUGGUGGGUGGAUGGCCGGCAGCGGAGACGAUGCAUUUUGUGGACCAGAUUUCCUUUUAGACGAAGACAUUGUAUUAAUUACCUACAAUUACAGAUUAGGUCCCUUAGGGUUUCUCAGCACUGGAGAUGAAGUUGUUCCUGGUAAUAAUGGACUUAAGGACCAGGUUUUAGCUUUGAAAUGGGUCAGGGAUAACAUCGUUUACUUUGGUGGUGACCCUAACUGAAUUACAG